AUGGCCGAAGUGACCGCUAGUGCGUACCUCCACUUUCUGAGAGAAAGUAUCUUAUCCGACUUCAAGAUCACCUGCAAGGAUGCUGAGUUCAAAGUUCAUCGCCUUGCCAUUUCCGGUGCGUCCCCGAUGUUACGUGCUGCGUGCAAUGGAGCUUUUGAGGAAGCAACAUCCGGCAAGAUUGAAUUCCCAGAUGACGAUCCAGUGAUCCUAGCCCGUGUCAUCGACUUCAUGUGCACAAGCAACUACGAU